AGCCAGGCGCCGGUUCUCAUUUCUUCCUUCCCACUAAAAACCCUACCCUAAACCCAUGGCGUCCAUGGCUCCUUCUCGCCAGCUCCACCGCCUCCGCCGCCUCUCCACCACCUCCGCCGCCGCCGUUCCAGCCGCUCCUCCCGCCGACGCCACCGCCGCAGUUGCGACAACCAGCGCCGAUGCUGCGGCGGCGGAUUCCUCGAUCUCCAUAUCCCGGGCCAAAUCGAAGCUCCGGUCCGAGUUCGACCCGGACAAGGCGCUGCGGAUCUACUCCUCCGUCUCCAAGCGCUACUCCUCCCCGGUCUCCUCCCGCUACGCCCAGGACCUCACCAUCCGCCGCCUCGCCAAGUCCCGCCGCUUCGCCGACAUCGAGGCCCUCGUCGAGUCCCACAAGGCGGGGCCCCAGGCCGCGCAGGAGCCCUACCUCUGCACCCUCAUCCGGUCCUACGGCGUCGCCGGCAUGUUCGACCACGCGAUGCGGACCUUCGAGGAGAUGGACCGCCUCGGCGCCCCCCGGACCGUGCUCUCCCUCAACGCCGUCCUGUCCGCGUGCAACGCGUCGAGGCUGUUCGGCCGGGUGCCCGAGCUGUUCGCCGCUCUGCCGGGCAAGUACGGGGUCUCGCCGGAUAGGGUUUCGUACGGGAUUCUGGUGAAGUCGUACUGCGAGGCCGGGGCGCCCGAGAAGGGGAUCGAGGUGUUGCGGGAGAUGGAGGAGAAGGGCGUCGAGGUCACCGCGGUCACGUUCACGACGAUACUCGAUUCGCUGUACAAGAGCGGGCGGGCCGCGGAGGCAGAGGCGCUGUGGGACGAGAUGGCGAAGGCCGGGUGCGCGCUGGAUGCGGCGGCUUACAAUGUUAGGAUCAUGAACGCGCAGAGCUCGGGGCCGGAGGACGUGAAGAAGCUGAUUCGGGAAAUGAGCGAUGCCGGGUUCAAGCCCGACACGAUCAGCUACAAUUACCUGAUGACGGCGUUUUUGAAGGCCGGGGAGAUGGAUGAGGCGAUCGGAGUUUACAAGGAGUUGGAGGGCAACGGGUGUAAGCCGAAUGCGGCGAGUUUUCGGACGUUGAUACAUUAUCUCUGUAAGGACGGGGAUUACGAGAAGGGGUACAAGAUUUUCAAGGAGAGCGUGAAGGUGCACAAGAUUCCUGAUUUUAUGACGCUGAGGAGCUUGGUCGAAGGAUUGGUGGAGAAGAAGAUGACCAAGGAGGCGAAGGGAAUGAUUAGGACCAUAAAGAAGAAGUUCCCCCCUAAUUUCUUGAAUGCGUGGAAGAAAGUCGAGGAAAAUCUCGGCUUGGCUUCGGCUGCCAACGAGGCCGAUGCGUCUUUGACCCUUGAAGAGGAUAAAGAGGCAACUGGGUAAGUCAUGAGCUCGCUGCAAUUAACAUAUUGACAGAGUGCCGAUAGCGUCUUUUGCGAUGGAAUCGACCUGAUCAGAUUGAAUGCCGACGCACAGAACAGUGAGAUCACAGAUGUGGUAAUGACGGAAACUGGAGAAGAUGUUAGUUAUACAUGAUGAAUUGUACCGGAGAAACUAUGAGGUUCGCCUAAUGUUGGUCAGAUUGGUUGUUCUCCAUUGAUUAAUUAUGUGGUUCUCUGUAGUCUUUGAAAUUUUUUAGUGGAUUCAAGUCAGCUUUUGCCUUGCUCAGAGCCUGUAGUGAGCGACUAUCAUUCACAUCAAAGGGAAUAUAAUUGUUUUACGUUGGUCUGCUGAUUAAUUGGCGGGGCAAAAGAUUGAUUUUUUGUGGACUGGCUAUAGCUCGUAACAGCUCCUUGGCUCUAGCAAGUUGCCCUAGAGACAUGCGGAUUUUUGUUGACGCUAUCUUAUGUAUGAGAUUUGUUCA